GGGUCAUGUGUUGUUUGUGCUGUGGCCCGUAGAGAUGUGUACAGGAGUAGAAGAGAACGGAUUGCUAACCGAGCUAGCUGGAUCCUCCCAGUUACAGAAGCAAAGCUGAGCGCGGUCAUGUUUCACACGGUGGGAUUUAUUUCGUGAUAAAAGCCCACGGUGGACUGGAUCCGUCGCCGCUAGGAGACAGGGGGACUAUUUUUCUUCGGGCGGAGUAACAAAGCCGGUGUGUGUGUGUGUUGGAGGGGGGAUUGCAAAUCUGAGCCGUACGAGUCACCGUUAGCUGGCCUAGCCGGACUCGGGAGCUUCGUCUCCCAAAACAAGAAUGGGGUCUGAGUCGACUCGGAUUAGCCUGCUACUAAAGUGACCUUUGAUUGUGUUCCCCCGAUGGCUAACUUAACGAAUUACCAGGAGGGAAAGGCGGCCCUGCUGCUGGUGGAGGCUCAGCAGAGGGACGUUGGGGCCGCCAACACUAACGGUUUAGUCGGGGAACCCCCUUCCCCGUUAAUCAAUAUAGCAGGAGGAGGUUCUCGUUUUCUGCAACAUUUACCUCCCUCCAACCACCUCCACCACCACCAAAACAUCAGCACCGACUCGCCAAAGGAUCAACAUCAGCAUCAUCACUACCAGCUGGCUCCACAGCAGCAUCUUUCCGAGUCCCCGGGAAGAAAAGCCUCCCCCUCCUCUAUCAGCCAGGUACACACGGCCGAGGACCCCGCCGCUAGCAGCAGCACCAGCAGCAGCGGCCAUGUCUACGCCGCUGUGACCGUCACCAACAGCUCGGAAGCCGUAGACGACAUCCGAAAGUGCGGCUAUUUGAGAAAGCAGAAGCACGGACACAAGCGCUUCUUCGUGCUGCGGGCCGCCAGCCACCUGGGGCCGAGUCGUCUGGAGUACUACGACAGCGAGAAGAAGUUCAGGAGCAGCCUGCGCACCGCGGCGGCCGCCAGCGGGGGAGUGGUGGCCGCUUCUCCCCCAAAGAGGGUUAUUUACCUCUACCAGUGCUUCACGGUGAACAAGAGGGCGGACUCUAAAAACAAGCACCUCAUCGCCCUGUACACUAAGGACGAAUAUUUUGCUAUAGUGGCAGAAAACGAGGCGGAGCAGGAGGACUGGUACGUGGCCAUCAGUGAGUUGAUGAGCGAGGGGAAGAGGGGCCACCUGGACUCGGAUGACUUGGAUGAUGGAUAUGGGACAGUCAGUCCUGGGACUGUGUUUAAAGAGGUUUGGCAGGUUAACGUAAAGCCCAAAGGACUGGGUCAAACUAAAAACCUCACUGGUGUUUACCGCCUAUGCCUGUCUACUAAAACCAUUCACCUCGUUAAGCUGAACUCUGAAACCCCCUGCGUUAACCUCCAGCUGAUGAACAUCAGGCGCUGCGGACACUCUGAGAGCUUCUUCUUCAUAGAGGUCGGCCGCUCGUCCUCCAUCGGCCCUGGCGAAAUAUGGAUGCAGGUGGAUGAUUCGGUGGUGGCCCAGAACAUGCACGAGACCAUCCUGGAAACCAUGAAAGCCCUGAAGGCCUUUGCAGAGUUCAGGCCGAGGAGCAAGAGCCAGUCUUCGGGCUCCAACCCCAUGUCGUUCAUCACAACCCGGCGCCUCCUGGGUAACCUGCCUCCGAGUCAGACAGGGCUGCAGCGGCGCUCCAGGACGGAGUCUGUGGUCGGCACGCCGCCCUCGAGUAAAAGUUCCGGGGCGAGUGGCUACCGCUUCCGGACUUCCAGUGAAGGCGAGGGGACGAUGAAUCGGCCAUUCCGCUCCGCCACUGGGAGCCUGGUCCACCUCAAUGCGUCCCGUGGUCCUCACGGUCGCCAAGACGGGGGCGGGAGCGGAGGCAGCUGGAGCGGCGUGGCCACGGGGAAUGCCGGCACUAGCACCAACAGCAACCGCUACGUUCGGGCUAUCCCGUCCACCUGUCACGCCCGCUCGGCGUCGCUUCCUGUCUCCCACUUCCCCUCAACCACCAGCCCGGUCAGCGUCUCCUCCAGCAGUGGCCACGGUUCUGUGUCCGAUACCCUCACCCGGCCAUCGAGUGCGUCCAUAUGCGGCUCCCCUUCUGACGGCGGCUUUAACUCCUCGGAUGAGUACGGCUCCAGCCCCGGUGACUUCCGGUAUUUCCGGGUUCGAAGCAACACGCCCGACUCUUUGGGAAACACCCCGCCAAUAAGAGAGGAGAACUGCCUUAAUGAUUACAUGGCCAUGGGCUGGAACCGGGAAGUUUUUGGCACCAGUGUUAGUUCUGGAAACAACAGCGGAUGCGAGACGCCACGUGAAGAAAGCACCUUAACGGCAGAGGAUGAGCGUUAUUCUUCCUCGUCCCUGAGAAGGAGGACGCACUCUUUCUCCAGAGCCGCUGCCGGCGCCACCGGAGCUUCUGGCAUUGCCACCUAUCAGAAAAUGACCCAGACCAACCUCUCACUGGAUGAGGGGUCAGAUGUAGUGUUGCCGUUCGGGAGCGGGCUGCUCCAUGGCGGGCCGUCCUCCUCCUCUUCCUCGCUUCGCUCUGACUACAGUUCCUGCUCCGAGCACAGCCAACAGAGCCGCCCCUCCACGCUUUCUAGGACGGAAGCCGGAGCCGAACGCCCUCCGCUCUCGUCCUCCUCUUCUGCCAAGGAAGAUGGCGGCUAUAUGCCCAUGAUGUGUGGCGUGGCUGCGUCGCCGCGGGACACUCCUCCUGACUACAUGCCUAUGCAACCCUCCUCUUAUUCCUAUCAGAUCUCCAACUCUCCCCAGUUCCACAGCCCAGCUUUAGGGACGCGUUCCAACCACCACCACCCGCAGCUCCAAUCCCAAUCUUCCACAGACUCUCAUGGUUACAUGAUGAUGCUCCCAGGAGGCGGCGGUACAUCUCCUUCCUCUCUGCAGGCCUCCCCUAGUAGUUCUGCCGGCGUCGGCGGAAGCAGCAGCAUAGCUGAGAAACCCGAAAAUGGAGAAUAUAUGGACAUGUCCUACAGCGGCGGUGGUUGCAAGCUCCCCAGUGAAGACACCACAGUGUAUUACACGCCAGGGACACCUGAGGGGGCUCUCAAGUCUUACAGCCCGUAUUUCUCCCUGCCGCGCUCUUAUAAGGCUCCCAGCAGAGAGAGGGGCGAGAAAGAAGACGGGGAAUAUGUACCGAUGAGUUCUCCUGCCAAACCAGUAUAUUCGGCAUUUGCAAAUGCUUCAGGACCAGAAAAAAGAAUAGGAGGCGGGGGUGGCACCUCCACUCCCUCCCACCCGCCUCCCCCCUACGGUGCUCACCAUACGACUGCAGCAAUGGCCGACCGAUGGGUCACCAGGCCCACUCGCCUUCCGUUGGGUAGGAGGAGUUUCCAUGGUCCGCUGCGGGUCAGCGAGCCCUCCACGGCGCCCGCUGGUGUACCUAGCUCGGUCUCGGUGCCCGGCCUCCCCCAUGGGGGGCACUCAAGUCCCGGAGAAUAUAUCAAUAUAGAGUUGGGUGAACACUUCCCUCACCAGCAGCAGCCCCCGCCCUAUCCGCUGUCAGCUCAAGACGCCGCCCCCUCUCUGUUACCCGGCGAAGCUCGGUGCUCCCCUCCCCAGGCCCAGGACUACAUGAGCGUCGAGGUCGGGACAGACCAGCACGAUGCCGCUGGGUGUAAGAACCAGUCGCCCAGACCCAGCCUGGUGGCUCCUUGGAACCCGCCCAGCUACAUCCGACCUCUGGUUAGCAACUCUGGGGUCACCGGUUCAGGGGGUCACUGGAGGUCAGUCGGAGACGAUUACACAGAGAUGUCGUUUAACCUCAGCAGAGGUGAGAGGACUCAAAGCCCCACAGCAAUGCUGCAGCACCUCUGCAUCAUAGAGGGAUGCUACGGUCAUCCCGCCUCUGCCUCCUCAUCCUCCUCCCCUCCUCAUCCUCCAUUAACCCAGCAGCCGGAGCCAAAGGUGGUGCGAGCAGACCCCCAAGGCAGGAGGAGACACAGCUCGGAGACGUUCUCCUCCAGCUCCUCCAAUUCCACCCCCUCAUCCUCAGCCACGCAUCCCUCUCUGUCUCACCUCUCAGCCCCCAACACUAACGGAUCCCACCCGUCGGAAGAACAGACAUCCAGAUGGGCCAGCUCGGCAUCCUUCGACAGCGCAUGGAUGUCUGUGGACAACAGCGCCGAUCCGUCGGCUCACCAAGCCCAGCCGAGAAACACAGAAGCGGACCUCCCUGCAUCGGCCUCCUCAGGGUCCAGCGCUGGUAGAAUGUGCAGGAACAUGUCUGCCGGCUACCAGAACGGCCUCAACUACAUCGCCUUGGAGCUGAGGGACGACGGGGGAGCGACGGCGCCGGGGGCCAGUAGCAGCAGCGGGGGCGUGGCGGCGGCGGCGCCAGCGGGGAUGGUACCUCUGCCCGAGAACGGAGCCUACGCCAGCAUAGACUUCACCAAAUCGGAUGGAGUCACCACGACAACCAAGGACUGAGCGACAGAGGUCCACCAUGUGCCUCCUCUUCCUCCUCCUGCUCCUCAUCAUCUCUUAUAUUGGGGGACACUUGACUCUGCCUUUGACCUUUGCCACCCCCAACCCCCCCUCCAACAGUGACCUUCGACCUUCAGUCACACUAAGAAGCUGCUUUCAUCUGGUCGCAGACGACAUGACAAACCUAAAAAAAAUGCUUGCGGGUUUUAUUAUUUUUUUCAUUGUUAAAUGUUUUUGUGUUUUAUAUGCACAUCCUGUCCUGU